GUUGAGUGCCACCAUUAUUCCCACUAUUCUCUCAUGAUUGCACCCUCAAUUAGUGUACUGAAGUGAUCGUGUCUCUGGAAAGGGAAUGAGAAAAGAUGUCCUUGACUCCAGCUGCUGGCAUCAUAACGGCACGAUGCAUGGACUAUGAUGAUGUCGCAUGGGCUAGGUGUGAUGAAGUAUUUGAGCCUUGGAAAAGCCGGCUGUUUGAACGUGAAGUUCUCCGAGAAAUAGGGCGAUUCAUCGACGAGCAUAGGGGAGGGGUUCCUGACGAGCUUUUUGCUCCCAAGCGGGGAGCGUUCAAUGCUUGGCUUCGGAUGCUAUUCCACGAUGGAGGCUCUGCUGUCAUCCGAUUUCCUUGCCCUGGCGCUUCGAUGUUCCCGGAAGAGAAAGUCAAGCGCGAAGUUGCAGUGAUGCAGUUCUUGGAAUACUUUACCAAUCUGCGUGUACCUCACAUUCUUCAUUACGGAAUGUCAGAGGAGAGCCCCAAGGGCUUUGGGCCAUUUAUCAUCAUGGAGUACAUCAGCAACGACGGCGAUUUCAUCGAUGCACUUAACAUACCUGGCCGCUCGCGUGAUGACAGGCCGAUCUUAGACCCGAACGUCUCACAGGAAAGACUGGAAACUGUCUACAGCCAAAUGGCAGAUAUCAUGCUUCAGGUGUCGAAACAUUCAUUUAACGAGAUUGGCUGCAUCGGCAAAGCUAAUGAAGAGGACGAAUUCGAUGAUAACUGGAUUGUCAAGCACCGUCCACUCACUUUCAACAUGAACGAACUCGUUCAACUAGGUGGAGUUCCGCCUGAAUUACUUCCCCAGAACACAUUCAAAACAGCCUCAUCCUAUUACCAGGCACUGGCGGAGAUGCACAUGAUCCAUCUGUCAUCUCAACGAAAUGAUGCUAUCGAUUCUGCGGAAGACUGCCGACACAAGUAUAUCGCAAGAUGUCUGUUCCGCAAAAUUACCCGGGAACAUCAGCUUUGCGACGAUGAAUCUGGCCCAUUCAAGCUCUUCUGUGACGACCUCCGACCUGGCAACGUUCUCGCGAACGACCAAUACAUGAUGACUGGAGUGAUUGAUUGGGAAUUUACUUACGCGGCUCCUACUGGAUUUGCCUACAGCCCUCCCUUCUGGUUGCUGCUUGAGCUUCCAGAAUUCUGGGAGCAGGGCUUGGAUGAUUGGACGGUGAAAUAUGAGAAGGCUCUGUCGACAUUCCUGAAAGUGCUCAAGGACCAAGAGCAAACAGCCAUUGACCGAGAAACUCUGAAAGAGGCUGAUCGGUUAUCGGAAAAUAUGUUGAAAAGCUGGCAAAGCGGUGACUUUUGGCUCAACUACGCUGCGAGAAAGAGCUGGGCAUUUGACAUGAUAUACUGGGCCAAGAUUGAUCGGCGGUUCUUUGGUGAUGGAGAUCUCAGCGAUCGGAUUAAGCUUUUGACUCCCGAUGAAAGAGAAGAGAUGGAGGGUUUCGUCCAGAUGAAAUUAAAGGCCAAGGAGGAAGACGGCUUGGCUGACUAGGACGAUGGUCUAUUUGCGGUCCGCGCCUGUAUACCAGCAGACCUCCUAGAAAUAUAUUUGGUGACACCGAGAUAUAGAACCACGCGAGC